GCAAAUACUGCAUCAAAUGACAAAUUUUGUUCCCUUGAUAUGCUUGCUGAAGUAGCUUCUGCAACUCUGAAAAGCGAUCCAAGUCUGAACUCCAAUGGAAGCAGACAAAGAUUUCGAAAAAAUUCUAAAUCAAGGCUUACUAUUAACAACUGUUCAAAGAAGUCUAUGAAUGGUUCUGAGAAACUGACUUUGGAUCAAAUAAAAGUUCUUUCAGACAAAAUGCUGAUUGAAAUGUUUUCAGAGCUCACUAGUGAUGAAAUAAGAAGGAAUUAUUCCUUCAAAUGCUUUCUCAUCCCAGACAAAUGUUCUCAGAUAUUUAAAAGUUUUGGUAAUGAAACAAGAGCAAGAUGCAAAAUGAAAGCGCAUUUAUUGUCUCAUAUCCAUGAUUUGAUUUCAGAGGCAAAUGGUAAAAACUGUUAUGAUAGAUUCACUGCUGAACCACUGUACGUAAGAAGAAGAAGAUUAAAAGAAUUUAACUCCAGGAGUACGCGUAAGAAAAAAAGGAGCAAAAAGCAGGGUAGUAACAGAAGAAAGGAUUCUGCCUUUGAUCGUUUCACAAAAUAUCAUCAAGAUCUUAGAAAUCAUAAAUCUCGAAAAGCAGCUCACAGUGUGAAUAAAAAAUUGAAGAACAAUUGCAGUUUAGUUUCUAAAAUCCGCAAAAAAAAGUGCAGUUCUGGAAUUGAAAAAUGUACAAGUACAAAUACGUCAGACAGUGAAAUCAAAGAUUCUUCUGGUGAACUGUUACCUAUGCAUUCCGAUCUGAUGCAUUCUUCUACAAAUGUCAGUUUACAUCUGCCUGAUUUGGCAAAUAAUAUGACUGAACUAACAUGUGAUUUACCUCAUCUUUCUAAUCAGAUCAGAUCGAAAUCUGAAUGGAAAAAUGAAGCAGAAGUUAAAGCAGACUGUAUUUCUGUCCAGUCAGAUUAUGCAAGUCAGUGGAGGGUAAAUUAUGGUAUUGCUUUCGAUGAUGCUAUUAGUACAGAAAGAAACUAUCAUUCAGUCUCGGAGCAAUUCAUACCAUCUCAUCAUGAUCAUACAUACACAUCUGUGUAUGGGAAAACAUUUAACUGUGAUCUGCCUCUUACUUUGGAAAAUAGUAAAGGUAUUAAUAAAGUAAUUAAAGAACUAAAGAAGCCAUAUCGCAACUGUCCAACUAUUGUUUCUCCGUUAGUGAUACCAACUCCACCUUUUCCAUAUGUAUAUAUUCCAUUACUUCCUCACAUCGCAGAAAUAAAAGAAAUUGGUAAUAGUACAAAAACAUCAUGUGAUACGUACAUUGAUGAUGAUUUUGUGAAUGACUUUCACGAAAAUAAUAUAAACUCUGACAAUAUGCCCCUCUUGCAUUUAAAUGAAGAGGAGGAAGAGAUGCAAAGUUGUUUCUUCAAUAGACUAAUAUCUCCGGAAAUAAAUGAUCCUGAAUCAAAUGAUGAUGAAAUUUCACCAUCAGAAGGAUUUAUGGAUGAUGUAUCUGAAGAUGGCAAUCAAAGUGAAGCUAAUGAUAGUAAAUUGUCUGAUGCAUCUUAUUGCAUGGAUGAUCUUUUAAAAACAGAAUGUCCAGAGAAUUUGCAAGCUGUAGAAAAGAAACUGGCUUUAAAAUUCAUCAGAGCUCUUCGUACUAAAAAGAAAGAUGAACGAGGUCCACUAGUUUGCCAGAUUUGUAAAAAUAAAAGUUUUACAGCUCAAGCUACCUUGAUGUAUCAUUACAGAAGUCAUGCUGGUAUAAAACCAUUUUCAUGUACUGUCUGUGAAGCUACAUUUACACGUCAACACAGUUUGAAUUAUCAUAUGCUGAUUCACAAUAAUAAAAGUAGGUUUGUUUGUGGAGACUGCGGUCGGAAUUUUCGUCAUCCAAGCCAUUAUAAGGAGCAUUUACGUCGCCACACUGGAGAAACACCAUAUGAGUGCACAGAUUGUAAUUUAAGGUUUAAAACAAGAAACACAUACAAGCGUCAUCUUAAAACACGACAUGGAAAAAUUUUAACAGCACAAGGAAUUCGUCUCUUAUCUGUUGAAGAGUUCUGUAAAGUGAGAACGAGUCCAAGGAAAAGACCGUCUAAAUCUGAAUCAAAUCAUAAGAGAGAUCAGGAAACGCAAUGGCCAGAAAUAAUGUAUCCAGAAAGUGAUUUUUACUUUUAAAAACAGAAUAUAGUUACUGUAAAUUGUGAGAACAGUUUUAUAAAGUGUUUUUAAUCAUAUCAAUGUACGGUUAUUAAUGAUGUUAAUUCAAAUUUUCCUUACGUGGUUUGAAUGAAGAUGUUACUGCUAAAAAGUAGUGCAUCUAAAGUGACUUUUUUUUCUCUCAUAAUUGUUCAAAGUGUAUAUAUUUUUUGUGACAUUCUUAUGAAUUUUUUACGUCUUGAAAAAUAUGCUGUAUAUCAGUAACAUUUUAAGCUUGAUUUUAAUACUGAAUUUUGUUUUUUUGUUCUAUUCCAUGUGCGAGGUGUUACAGAAAGGAUACAGAAGCAAUUUGAUGCUAAGGGUUCAGAGGCCUGCUAGAACAUAAAUAUGAAUUUUUAUUAAUUUCAUGUGCAUUGUGACUAGUUAUUUGCCCUGGGGGGUUGUAAUACCAUUAAAUUUGGUAAUCCGUUUUAUAUUCUAUCAUACAAGAACUUUGAAACUUACAAAAUUAAUGAUAUAAGCAAUUUUUGCUUGCUUAUUUUUGUAUAACUUAUUCUUAUGAAACAAGCAAUGUUUUAUACUUAUUUUCUCGUAAUUAUUAACAGCUAAUGACCUUUAGUAUUCAUGAAUGGGCCAUGAAGAAAAGUAUAGCUAAAUCAAAUGAGACUUUUCAUUGGUAAGGUAAGAAGGUUGCUAAGAAGAGCUAAUUGCUAAGAAGGUAUUUCUGGCACCUUCUUAGCAUGUCUUCGUGGUGUAGUGGUCAGCAAGCUCGGCGCAUAUUCGAGAGACCCGUGGUGUGAGUCCCGGUGAGGGCAUUGCUCAUUUUUUCAUCUCUCCUGCUUUCAAAAAAAUACCUAAUGUCUCUACAAGGAGAUGAAUAUAAGUCGACAGAUUUCUGGAAAAGAGAAUAUUUAUAUGUAAGAUAAAAAUAAGUAAAGCAAACUGCUAACAUUAAUUUUAAAAUAGCAUCCCCAGGCCGCCCAAUUGAUGCUAAUAAAUUUUAGAAUGAAACGUUUUCCAUUCUUGGCAAAUAGGAGGUGGACGCGAAAUCUUCAGUUGUCCCCGGGCACUGAAAACCGUAGCUACGGCUCUGUGUUUAUCGCUACAAAUGUAAAAAUUCUUCUGGAAGAAGACGCAGUAACGCCUGUUUGAUUUGUGUUGGAUUAAGUAAAAAAGUAUACCAACCAUGAAUAAAAAAGAAAUGAUUGAAUUCGGCCACAUCUGAAAGUUUCCGCUUCUUUUAAUGCAUCCAUUCGUGAUGCCACCAGCUCUCCCAUUUUGUGUUUAUGCAUUCAUCAGUCACUGUAUCAACUUUCUUAAGUUAUUACAUAUAUAUAAAUUGUCAUAUUUUUUUAAUUCCGUGAUAAUAAAUGAACUAAAGUCGAUAUUUGAAUGGUAAUGCAAAAUAUCGAGUCUUUUAUUUGUAUUAAAUUGAUACAAGUCCUUAAAAUUACUUCCAGACUAUAAUACUUUGACAUUUUAGUUGCAUUUUUUUAACUCAGAAGCAAGUACUAUAUAUAUAUAGAUAGAUAGAUAGAUGGGAUUUGAGUAUUUAAAACCCAAUGGCCGAGUGGUUAAAACUGAGUAUUGGUAAUUCGACCGUGACUAGGGUUCGAUUCCAGCCGAAGAAGGAGGCUGGUUUCCUUCUUCGGCUAUAUGGCUGGUUUCAUCAUCUGUAAAGUCAGUACGAGUCACAUUUAUCUUAGAAUAUCUUCCAUGAUGGCAUCCCUCCUCUUAGGCAGAUAGCACUCGUAGUUUUGCCAGAUUCAUAUAAACUAAUCUGAGUAUUUAAAGUGCUGCAUUGCAUGUUCCAUAAGAAGUGAAAUUUCUGCUUUAGUAUAAUUUCCGCAUUUGCAGCUAUAGAAAAAAAUGAGUGAAUUUAAGCGAAAAAAUGACUAUAAAAUCGUUUUUAAAAACAGUCUUUUAUGAAUAUUAAGCUUCCAAGUCAUAAAUCAUCUCACUUAUAUGUUAUCUACGUGUUAAAUUUCUGUGGAAAUAAAAUUUUAUUACUUCAAGCUUGUUAUGUUGUAGUUACAUUGAAAGUUUUGAUAGCUGCAUGAGAGUUUUCAUGGUUUUUCCCAUGUGUACCGUCAAUAUGAGUCAUAUUCCUUUAAAAACUCCACAAAGGCAUCUGUCUGCUUAAGCAGAUUGUUCUAGUGUUUGUCUGAUAAACUUUGGAUAAUAGAGGCACUAAGUAUAAUUUAUGUCUGCCUGUAGGGAUGUUUCAGUCUUCUUAUGAGCAUGGCAAAUAAAUGGACUUUUUCUCCCCCUUCCUGCUUUUCAUUCUCAGAAACUAUUUCCCAAUUUGCUUAUAUGAUGUAGUGAUUCAAUAAUGCGUGUCAAUAGUAUCCCAAGAAAAAUGUGGUUAUCUAAAAAUUUUAGUCAUAGUGUAAUUGAUGCAUUAUUAGAGGUUGUCUAAUUUCUUGUAUCUGAAUUACAAAUUUUUUAUCUUUUAAAAUUAGUCUUAACAUGGGAUAUUAUUGUCUGUUAAAAGAUAUUUUUUAUUUUAAUUAGGGCCGUAUUUUUAAUAGACCAGAACUGGUUGCACAAUGUUGUGUAUGCACAUACAAAAUUUUAGAACUUAAUUUUUCCAAUCAGACCUGUGAAACUGCCAGAUGAUAACCUUUGGAAAUAGUUAUUAACACAGAAUGAAAAAGCAGGGAUCCCCGUUCCGGAUGCCCCUAAGUGUCUGUCAUAUCGGGGUGGAAAUAUCCAAGCUUCUGAGACCCCUUCAACGGCGGCGCAGACCCCACAGUCCCUGUCCGGCUUUAUACAUAGCCUUUGACAAGGUAGCAAACGCUUGGUACAUAAUACAAAAUUUAACGCUGUGACAUCUUUGCCUCCGGGCACCACUCCAUUGGCAUCAAAAUUCGUCUUGGUGCCUUGUCCGCUUUGUCAAUCCUCAUCACUGGGACUCUGAGAGCCUAACCCCCGUCGACUAGGUCAGUGAUCUCCGAUCUAGCUCCACAACAGCCAAAGAAACAGACACAACAGUACCAGUACGGUCCCUGUCAAGCCUGAACCAGCCUUAGACUGAACUAGGGCUCUAGUCCUGUGAAGUCAAAUUACGCACCCCCGUGGUUCAGACUGCCUAAGUGCAGAUCCUAGCCAGUACUUCCCAGAAAGUUUCUUGAGUCAACCCCCGGGGGGGGGAGUUAUUAGCACAUCUGAACUUCCUUCCACCUAAAUAUUGUUUGCGUACGAAAAGAAGUUUGAAUGAUAUCCCUCAUGUGAUUUUAUGCAGCUGUUAUCUGCUGUUGUAGAAUAAAUGACAAGAAGGAAGACACUCCUAAAUAACUUGACAUAAGGAUCAAGAACUUCAUCUCUGUAUGUUUCAGCAUUCAUAGUUGCACUAGUAAAAAUGCGGAGGUCAGCCCAGCCCUUCAAAAUUAUACACAGUUAUACCAUGAUUUUGCUACUUUUAUAUCGCUGCCUUUCAUGGAUAUUUUUCAGGCUUAUUGCGUGUGUUUUGUCCCUUCCAGAUGGUAACACGUCUGAAAUCACUCCCCAAACAUCGUCAGGCUCAUCACCUUUAAAAAAAAACUCAGCUCCAGUCUAUGGUGCUGUAAUCAUGAUGAUAUCUGCACCACUGGUAACUGGUUGCAUUUCACAGCUCGGCUUAGUUGGAUACAAAUCAAGGGUUUCUUUGCAUACAGCCCUUUUUUAUUCAACCUGUAAUUCACUGUAUGUCUAUAUGGUCGAGUUCCUGUAGCUGCAGCGAACUCCUUUGCAAUCUGGACUCACAUCAGUUGUCUGUUUCGUUUAGCAGUCUUUGCCAAAUAAUAUUCCAGCGAAUCUGUUGUGGCACGUUUUCAACCUUGAUCUGGUAAUCACCAUUUUAUUUAAACCAUUUCUAGGAUGCUUGCAAGGACGUUUUUGACUACUUUUUAGGUAUUUACAAACCUGUGUCAGUAUCUUGCUUUCACUCCCUCAAUCACGCGCCAUGGCGUACAAUUGGUCAGAUACCUUCUCAACGACAUCCUCCACCUUUCAGACGUGGAAGUUUUAUAUAGCUGCUCACAAAGUUCUUGAAAUUAGAAUAUAAAUCACCCCCUUGCAUACGUUUUUGCACAUAACGGAAGAAUGAGAUCAAAAAUUUGCAUGUUUUUGUGUAGCAAAGGUGAAUCCUAUUGGAAUACAUGCUUUGAGUUAUCAACUAACUGCCUUUCAUUGGAUUUCACGUAAUAGAAUUAACAUAAAGGACGUAUUUAUAAUUCCUUUAAUUUUACUCCAAGUAUUUUUGUUUGGUUAUGGAUUUCCUGGCGCAAAGCCUGUACGUUUAUAUGCGCUGAAAACAUGUCAUUAAAAACAUCCCAAAUUAAAUAAGCGACAAGGACAAGAUACAAACAAGCACAAAUUUAAAACAAGAUCACACUUAUAAAAUCGAAUGAUGUGAAAAAAUGAUAAAUUCUGAAAUAAACUAAUGCAUAAAACUCGCAUAGUUUCCAAUACGAAACAUGAUCAAAAAUAAAAAAAUAUGACGUAUAUUAGAAUAUAUAGCAUUAAAAUCCCAAGAAACAACAUCAAGAAAAUCAGAUUAAAUAAUAAAAACGUGUCUCUUUCAGGUAUUGAAAUAAAUUGUCAUUUACCUUUUCCCGAUAAUACGAUCAAGAGUCAAGACACUGUCGCUAAAAUACUUUAAUCGAAGUCGAUUAAAAUGAGAACAUUCAAUUAAAAAAUGACUACGGACAAAACAGUAUUAUUGUUUGAACGAAUAGGUUCACUCUCGAUCUUCAAAAGGUAACUGUGCGUGACUUGAACGUGACCAAUCCUCAAGCGUGUUAAUAAAACCUCCUCCCUCCGGUUCCUAGUGGUCUCCCAGUUUUCUACUCUAUAUUUGACGCUUCUCAAUUUAUUCUGGAACUAACUAUUCCAAAAUUACUGCCACCUAUUAAUUCCCGCCAGUCUAUAUAGAAUAUAUCUACAAAAUAUGAAAAGGCAGUACCUUUUACUGCUUACUAAAGACUAUAAAUAAAGUCCUAUGGCAAAUGACGUACGAUACAUUGCUUCUCAAUGAAAUAGUAACAAGAAAAGAGUUAUCGUCACAUGAUAAUCGAUUCCCAGCCAGACUUUGCAAAGUGAUUAAUUACCAUACAAAAUGCAAAUGAUUAAAUGUUCAAACAUGUAUGCAAAUAGCAUGCGCAUGCAAUAUCAGAAAAGCUGACCUAGCCGCGCAAAACGAAUCCCGAACAGUGCAUAGGUGUUCUCCAUUGGUAUCCUUCAACGGAGAUAAAGAAACCUGUCAAAACCGGUCUUGGCGCAAAACGAGAUAUUAUGAACAGUUGACGGAUUUUGAAAGAGCAGUAAUAAUCGGAGUGAGAGAAGGUAAUUUCUUGUAUAGUGAGCAGGGCCUGAUUACCGUCUAGGAUCACAAAGCCCGCGCCUAUGGUUUCCCAGAUUAACUUACAGCUCUCUAUACCACCUUGUUUUUUCUAUCAUGAAAGAAGGAAAAUAAACAUUGGGGGCUCACAGAAGGGCCUUUUUCCUAAUUCUGUCUUAAUCGGACCGUGACCAUGAGAUUGUUGGGCCAAUACAGUUAGUUAUGCGUACAUGGAAACAAUGGUCAAAAGAAGGUUUGAGGCAUUGAUGGGAGGGAAUUGGAACAUUUAAAACUACGUCAGAACUGUAAGAUAGAAAUUUAGUACAAAUGAUAAUAAAUCGCGCUGCAACAUCAACACCGUUACUAAAACAGUAGAGGGUAUCCCACUAAGUGUGCCAGCCAUGUUAGACGACGAUUGUUGCAAUGAAGUCACGUAGCUCAGCAUCCGCUGCUUCGAAGGCUUUAAAUUCUCUAUUAUAGGCGUCAGCGAUUUCCGCAGGGCAGAAGGCGAACACAUUGGAACGCUAAAUUGGUGCAAAUUAUCUUUUUCCCAUAAAUCUCUAUACAAUCCGUAAAUCCAUGAUGGGCAGAACUUCAUUUGUCUCUACAAUAGGAACGUUAUCAAGACUUCAUUGCAGAGCGUUUUAGUGAUCCUAGCUGUAAGCGUCAUGGUUUGAGAUGGUAUUAUAUUUCAUUGACGCAUUCAUAUUUUCUUAGAAUUUUCGGCUUUAUAAUCUUUUGAUCAUAACAGCUGAAAAUAAUUUUAGCUAUGAAUCAAAUAGAAAUUUAUAAAUAUAUAUGGGAACAGGGAAUAGAUUUAUUAUUUCGUUUUUGAAUUUAACAGAUCUUUGCUACUUCAGUUAUUUUUAUUUCUGGAUAUUUAAUUUCGUUAUUUUAUUUUUCAGCAUUUCAUUUAUAGAGUGUUCAGAAAAAUGUGUUUCCAAAGUAUCAUAUAAUUGGAUGCCCAAAGUAUUAUUUAAAUGUAUAAGAGUAGGAUAUCUUUCUGAAUUAAUUUUAAAUAUUCAAAAGUUAUGUUUUAAAAAUAAAACUUAUCUAAGUUGAAAAUCGCCUCUUCUACGUAAAAAAGAAUAGAAACUUAUGGCAAAAUUAAAGGCUAUAAAAGGCAUAUAUUCUUUUCCAUUUAGUUUUUAAAGCAACUAAUAUUAUUCACUGAUUUAUUGCUUACAUUAAUUUCCUCUACUUAAUGUAGCUGUUUGUUUCUUCUCAUAUUUCCGUGCUUUUAUAGCUUCUUGUUGGAAAACGUAUUUUUAGGCAUAAAUGAUGCUCUAAGAAACUGGUUUGUAAUGCUUAAUUCUUAUUGUAUGGGAAGAAGAAAAACCUUUGUUGAUAUGCUAAUAUAGAUAAUAUAGAUACAGGAUUUGCAUCAAGACUUGAUUCUUAAAAAUCUGAAAAACUUAUAUAAACAUCUGCCUGCAAUUAUACACUCAUUAUUGUCAAUAAUUAUUACUUAAUUAUGAGUGAAACAGUACUCUCCUAGAACGGUUAAGUGGUCAAAGCUUAGUAACUGGAGAACUUUUAAUGCUUAAAAGGUCUAUGGUUGACUGAAAAAAGAUGCAUGUAUUAAAACAUGAAAAUGCAGAGUUACUAUUGUUUUUGUUUUUGCAAUGGAAAAAUAGAUAUUACAUGGUGGAAGAGUAACAGAAAGGUCGAAAACCCUUAGUAUCAAAAUAGAGGUUUGAACAAGCGUUUAACUUCAGUUCUGCUGUCCUGUAUAUGACUGAUUACUUUUAGUACUUUUAAUGUUUCACAUUCCUUAAUUUGCAAUACUACCUAAAGAGGUUUUUAAUUACAUGAAUUGUGAAAUACAAUGAUUUAUGAUUCAUAUAAUGUGUUCAUACUUAUUCAAAUAUUAUACACGUUUUACAGUAUUAAAUGCAUGUGAAAAUAUUUAUUUUUUUAAGAAUGAGCAUUUUUAUAUCUGUUUUAACCUAUUAUUGGGGUUAAAUAUUCAUAUUGAUGUACUUUAGUAAAUUUAAGGAUCUUCAUUCAAUAGUAAAUUUAUAAAAAGUCUUUGCAGUGGGUAUAUCACUGAAUCGAAAAUCAGUAGCAUCUUUGUGCAGCUGGUUCAUUUUCCUUUUCUAAAAUAAUAUUCUUUCUCCCCCCUCCCGAUAUAUAUUUGUGUGUUAAUAAGAUGUAUUAAGCAUGCUAAAACGUUUUUUAUUUUUCCAAUUAAACACUGGUAAGAUUAUUUUGAAUUUAUUAUUUUAUUAUGUCAGUUUAAUAUCAGUUAAUGUGCAUUUUGUCUUCCUUUCUCCAGUUUUCUCUUUUUCAUUUGAUAUCCUUCUUUUACUUGAGAUGAUACAUGUUUCAACAAACAUACAAAAUUAUUAAUUGCCUAAGUGAUGAAGUAUAUUGUGCAAUGAAGUAUAUUGUGAAUUAAAGAAUCUGAUAUAUCCAGACACUAAUGAUUUUUGGAAUCUAAAUCUAUCUUAAAUAUAGUGGAACUCCAAUUAUCCUGAUUUAGUACUACCACAGCCUACUCGGAUAUUAAAAAAUUCCAGAUAUUUAGGUUAUCUUUUUAUAGGCCAAAUAUGUAUUCAGCGCAAUGUAAUGCAGAGCAUUUUAUUUUAUUGCAAAUCAUUUCAAUGAAUAUCAUACUGUUCAAAGCGUUUUUAGCUCUUUCAUUAAAAUGUAAAUUCUAUUUUUUCCAACAAAAUUAAUAUAAAAGAAUGAAACUAAUUUUUUUCAUAAGCCCUAAGUAAUCUUUAUCUUUUAAGCAAAAUAAUUAUUUUUUA